UUUUUAUUUUAAUAUAAAAUAUAUUAACAUCAAUAUAAUAUAAUACAUCUAAUAACAUACAGUUUGUUAUAACUCGAGUCUUGUGCCUUUGGUAUGUAUGUAUUUUAAAUUAAACUAUUUUAAUACGUGAUUAUUUGAAUUUUGACAAAUGUAAUUUUAAAUUUAGUAAGUAUACUUACUGCCUUUAGUAAUACAGUAAGUAAAUCAAAAUUGGAGUGACCUUAAGGUAAGCUUUAUUGUUGUUGAACUUUUAGUCUUUUAGAAGAUACUAAAUACUUUUCUUCACAUUUUACUUCAUUCAAUCAGCAGUUGCAACUUAACUGUUUCAUUUCAUGAAUCUAUUAUGUUUUUAUUUAAUAUACUGUUUAUGUUUAGUUAUAUUUAUUUAAGCUGAAUACCCUUAUCCUUUAUAACAGUUUAAUUACUUUUUUCUUCUAAAUAGAUAUAGAAAGAGAAAUAUAUUCGAUAAUAACUAAUAUAAUUUAGUAAUACUUAAAGACUUUUAAAGAGUAAAAGUUUUAAGAGAUGAAAAGCUUAUGCCCUAACAAAAUACUGUGUAGGAUUACUUGUCUUGUAAUAACGAAAAGACGUAAAAACACACAAGAAAAGAUUUCUGAGAAAUAUGUCAAUCAGGGGACUUAUUUGCCACUUUAAUUUGAGUAUAGAAAAUGAACAAAAAAUUUUUUAUUUAUUAUAAAAUAUACAAGUUGUCCACAGCAGUAUAAGCCCUAUGAAAAAUAAUAUAGAGCAGUCAUUUAUCUUAAAAAGCAAUCUACAACUAAUGUUCACUAUUUAAUAAUCUCUUAUUUCUUUAAACACAUAAUAUGGCAAUGUGAGUCUUAGUUCUAAUCUUUCAUUAAAUAAUAACUUAAUUAUAACAAAUAAUCACAGGCUUCAGAGGCUCACGAAACAGGCAAGUGCAAGUGUAAAAUACAAAAUUCAUAAAAAAAUCAUUAUUCAAUGUAAACAUUACUUCUUUUUAAUUUUUGGCGAAGUAGAUUGAAAUACACUCGAUGCAGACAUUAAGUUCUCUAUGUAUUGACCGAGAACUUGGUUUUCUGACCUUAAUUUCAAAUUUUCUUCUUUAACAGAAUCUACUCUUGUCGAAAGGUCAUCAAGUGUAUUUUGCAAUUCAAGUACUUGAGAAAUUAAACGGGCUUUUUCCUCUUGUUCGUCUGGACUGGAAUCUGGUUCUAAGCUGUGGUGUUGAGGGCUGGAACUGCCAUUGGUAAAUGUAGACUGAAUAGAAUCCAUACUUCUACCGUGUAUCAUACUAGAUGAGUUACCCUCCGACAUUGAAUUUUGAUCAGGCUCGUCGUUAAUUAUGACUAAAAUAUCAUUUAAAUUCGUAAAAUAACUUUAAAAGGUACCUGAAUGGCUUUACCUUGAGGAUCGUCAUCUGCCAGAGGUAUAUUAUUUAUGUCGUCUUGUAGCUUUAUAGAUGACAUGAUAGCAGUCAGUGAUUAGUGCAAUUUAACUGAAAUUAUGAUUUAUAUCCUCUAUGAAUAAAAAUUUUCUUACUCAUCGACUCAAAAUAUAGCUUUUUUUAAUUAAAUAUUACUUGACGUCUAUGUUGACAACUGGAACUGAUUAAUUAUAUUUUUGACACUGACACUAUUGACAGUCUUUAUCAAUGUCAGUUGUCCUUAACUGUAUACCUGAAGUAACGGAGACCACAGAGCAAAAGAAGAUAAAGUGCGUUUUGUUGUAUCAAUUUAUAAAAAAUCAGUAAUCAGAUAAAAGGGUUUUGUCUCUGUUUUCAGUAUAAGAAAAAUAAAAUCAUAAUUUCAAGAAUUAUAAAUUUGUAUACAUGUUGCAAAUCUUAACAUUGGAAUUCAAUUACCAAAUUAUAACAUUUAAUUGUAAAUAUAUGUCUUUUCUACACAUUCAAGCCCAAGCCCACAUUCAACACAUUUUGAAUUGCAAAUGAAUGUCAAAUGAAUAUAUUAACCUAUGUUGUUGUAAAAAAUCAUGAAUAAAAGAACCCAGUCAAUUUGCUGUUACCAUGCAAUUGCAUUUUUAGAAAACACUAUCAUAAAAUCCAUAUCGCUGUUGUGGUUUUUAAAUAUUGGUUUGAAAGUAUAUAAGUAUAUAAAUAAAUAUUUUACAACUUGAUUUAUAUUUAUCAGUUAUUUGCUAAUUUUUGAACAAAUCUAGUACACUUCGAGUGAGAACAAACGAACGUAAGAGUAGAAAUCAGAACUCAUCUUUUCGAUAGUUCGUUCGUUUGACAUUUCUCGUUUAGUUCGUUUUCGUUAUGGCAUAAAGAAAGUAAACAAAGCGUUAAAUAAAAAAAAAAUAGAUAGUAAUAAUAAAAAGCCAUUGUUAGUGUUUGUUAAAGAACAGAUUCUUAAUUUUUUAGUUUAUAAUUUUAGACACAUGGAAGGUUUUGAUGCUAUAUAUUAUGAGGAAGAAAUAGAUAAUGAGGAAAAUACUCCAGCGGAUGUAUCUUUGGUACCUGAUCCAGUUGUCAUUAGGGGCGCAGGUAACAUGACUGUCUUCGGUUUAAGCAAUAGGUUCAAUACAGAAUUUCCUAGUGGAUUAGUUUCAAGAGUCGCCCCAGAAGAAUUCAAAGAAACAGUGAUGAGAAUAAACGGUAUUCUUAAAAAAACGCUUCCAGUUAACGUAAAAUGGCUAUUUUGCGGAUGCCUUUGUUGCUGCUGCACUCUCGGGUGCUCCUUAUGGCCUGUAAUAUGUCUUAGUAAACGAACUCAGCAUUCAUUGAACAAACUGCUGGAAUGGGAAAACAGUUACUUAUAUAACAAAUUAGGACUGCAUUGGAGAUUGAGUAAACAGCAUUGUGAUUCGUCUUCGAUGAUGGAAUAUGUAAUACUUAUAGAAUUUUUACCUAAAAUACCUAUAUAUAGACCAGAUUAACAAAAUACUUACGCCCGUCAAUGAUCAAUAAUUGUAUAUAUUAUUUUCGAGUUAAUUUUUUUAAUUAAGUUAUUUAAUAAAUUGUUAAGCUUGUAAAUAAAUCGAUAUAUUUGUGAUAAUAGGCUUAUUGACUUUAAAUUUGAAGUACGUUAAUUUAUAGUUGUAUAUUCUUCUUAAGAGUACAAAUUACGAAUACGUUGCAUUUUUUUUAAUUAAUUCAAUUGAUAUUUCUUAUAUGUUUAGUCGUUAUAUGUAAUUAAUGCAUUUGUUGUCGAACUCAUCCUAAUAUUUUUAAAAAUCUUAACUAUUAGUAAAAUGUGAAUUCGGUUAUUUGUACUAUAAUAGAUGUAAAUAUUACGUAAUUGUUAAUUUUUUAAGGAAUUUUUGCUCCGUUUUGCAAUAUUAAUUUUAAGGUUACAUUUCACUAUUUGAUGUUUCUCCUGUUAUUACAUAAUUGUUACAAUUUGGAACGACUUUUAUUAAAAAGAAUCCUGUAUUAAAAUAUAAAUUUGAAUAGUAAAGAAAUCCUAUAAAAAUUAUUCUUUUUAUUUUCCUAUAUCCUGGAAUAUGUGAAAUUAACAUGACGUAUACAGAAUAGCAAGGAAACUACUAUGGUAAAAAAAUGUGACAGAAACAAGAUUGCCCUAGCAAAAAAAGAGAAAAACCAGGCAAAAGUAGAUAUUUAAAUUUUUAAUCUACUUACACUAUACAAUGUACAAAACCUAUAAUGUUCAUAAAAAAUAGCCUAGCUUACAAUAAACGAUUUUAGAUUUUCCAUACAAUUUCUACCAAAUAAAAGUACGGUUAUUAAUUAUGCAAUAAUAAUAAAUGAAAUAUAACGAUAAAAUCACAUACGAAUUCUUAAGCCUAAAUAAUUUGACCUGAUAAAUAUUAAAAACAUAAAACGGGUUUUUGAAAUUACUCGUUUUAUGCAUUAAAAAUUUAUAACAACUUGAUGCAUUAUAUGAGAAGUAUAAAAAUUAAUAGCUUUCCAAGCUAAUCUAAAUGAAUAUGUUAAUUAAACGAUGGUCCGGUAUAAGUUAAAGUAUACGUGGGGUAUGUGCUAGUACCUAAUGUCAUAUUCACUUCUUAUUAUACAGGUAGUACAGAAGUAUAUAAGAUUUUCUUGCUGAUCUUUUUCCAUAAUUUUGCCACACUCUUAAUUUUGAUUACUUUAUUCUAAAUUGUUCCAACAUGUUUCAAACUUAUUAUACAAUCGUAAUAUUUACUUUAUGUUUUAAAAGAGUAUUUCAAAUAUUUAUCAAUGUAUUUGAAAUUUCAAAAUUAUGAGCGGGAAGUUUGGAACAGCAUACCAGAUUUAUACCAGAGAUUCCAAUCAAAAGUGGCAAUUUUCCACCAAAUCGUUGUAUUUCAUAGGCUUGUGCUUGUAACAAAUACCUCUUUAUUUUUGUGCCAAUGACUAGUGCUUGUCAUUAAAUUGACACUGCUAUACUUAUCAGGCCAAACGAAUUUAUAAUAACUACAUUCCAACACCAGUCAGACACAAUAAAAUUAUCAUUAAUUCUACCUUAAUUAAUAUGUACAUUAAAAUGUUAAGAAAAAGGCAUAUUCAUCACCUGAUCAAUGUUAUAAAAAAUAUAUAUUGUAUUUAUUUCCUUAUGUUUGACAGCUCGCUUGCAACAAGUAGCAGCAAACCGAAUUCAUAGCAUAAAUAUAUGUGGUAUUAUACUAUUCCAUUUUUAGGAUUUUUUUAUUCACUUGAACGGAAAUUUUUUUGAAAAACAUUACGGACAUUUCAAUUGAAUUUAAAUUAAUCGCUUUUUGACGGAAAAUGUAACACAAAUUGAAAGCGAAAGUAGAUGUUAUUAUACUUAUACCUACCAUUAACUACAACAUAAGUUAUUAUUCACAGGUAUUGAAAGUACAUACUACUAAUAAAACUUACGCAUGUUAUAAAUGUAACAGUGUGCCUGUUACACAAACAUUUUACUGCAAAAAUAUGUUUGAAAUUGAAAGUGCUUAUAUUUCAUUUAUCAUUUCUAGUAUUAAAUUAUUUUAUAUUUUCCUGAAUUGAAAUAUUAUUUUUAAAGUACACAAUAAAUAAAUUUUGUUUGUAGAACUGAAGCUAAUGCCUUAAACUGCACGAGAACCACAAUUCUUACAGUUUACACUACUAUUAGUUAAUAUACAUGUGUAUUAGAAUUACCUAAUUAUGAAGAUGAAUUAUAAACAAAGCGAUUCAUUAACAGGUUAGCCAAGUAAUACGUAUGGAAAUACAAAUACCUCUUGCACAAAUACACAAUUACUAAAUAGUUGUAAUUAUUGAUGAUUUAUGCAAGAAGUUCUUUACUUUGCAAGCUUAGUUUUUGGAUAAAUAGUUAACAAAAUGAUGUGGCGAUAAGUGUCAAAAUACAACAAACUACACUACGAAAAAAAAAUAAUAACCUAAUUAAGUUAUAUUUUGCGAUAGUCAUUCAUAAAUUUCUUAAAAGUGAAUAGAUUAUUAUAUGACGUACUUACACCGUAAUUCCAAUCACCAAGCAUUUAUUCCAAAAACUGUAUUUUCCUGCAACGUAAAGUGAUACAAAGGUAUGUAUUUAAUUAGUUUUAACCUACGUUGUAUAACAAUUAUAUCACUCUACUAACUGUAUGUUUUAAAAAUUAAAUAUUUAUAGUUGGAACCGAAUUAAUGAGUAUAGAGCUACAUUAAUUGGAUUCCAGUUUAAAAUGAAAUAACUAAAAUGCAAUGAAAAAUUGAUCAAAUUCAAAAGAAUUUUUUCAACCCGAAAGAUCCUUUGUAGUAUUUUUAACAUAAAAAAUUUAACGUUUUCGAUAAUAACAAAAAUAAAUCAUGGAUAAAAAAAUACUUUUUUACAAUUGAUCUAUUUGAAAACAAUAUGGGUGAGGGGCCCUGAAUCAUGCCAGCGAUCCUUAAAGGGUUACCCAAAAAAGGUUUAAUUACAAAGUUUCAUUACAUACAUUUUUAUGCAGUAAAAUCUUUGCAUUUUUAAAAUUGAUUCAUAAAUUGAUAUGAAAUAAAUAAAAUUAGGAAGCGUAUCAAUGCAACUGUAAAGUAAGGUAAAAUUAUUUUGAAUUUUGAUAUAAAAUAAAAAAUUCAAUUUUGAGUAGCCCUUUGAUGGAAUCGAAUAAUUAAUUCAUUAAAAUCAAAUGUGCCAAGGUCGGAUUAAGUUCAAACCAAAAAAGUAGUAUGUAUAUCGAAUUAGUCUCUCUCACAAUUUAGCGUAUCGAGAAGAAUUCGGGAAUGUAUUAUCAUUUUGGAAUAAAAAUUUUUCGUUAAUUAAAUUGUAAAAACGUCAUGAUCCGUAAAAUAAAAAAAAUCGAAAAUAUCAACCCUGUAGCAAAAAUUUAAAAUAUUAAAAUCGUUGAGCAAGUUAUGGUUCUUUGUGGUUUUGCAAAGGAUCUUUAGGGUCUUGACUCGAAACCGACGAGUUCGAUCGAGGAACCAAAAUAAUCGAACCAUCAGCAGAUGUCUGCAGGCUCCACUGAUAAGGAGAAUAUUGAUUGCCG